UCCUGGAUCCUUUUCGGAUGAAUUCUUGAUCUAUCGUUGCGCAAUAAUUUUUGACACUAGGCUGACUAUCCUAACCAAUUUCACGUUUUGUUAGUUCACAAUUAAAAAUGAGUGGUCCACUAGAUAAACUGCAUGUUAUUGUAGAAUCUGGGAAAAGUAAACAAACUGUUGCAGCAUUGGAUCCGAGAUGGAUGGAACAAGUACAGUUUGUAAGUUAUCAGCCUCCACCCAAAAAUCUGUCAGACAAAGGGCAAUAUGAAGCUUGGUUAGAAAGGUUAAAGUUCAUAGAGGAUGAUCUACACUGGCUACUGCAGCUUCCACAUGACAAAUUCUGGUGUCAGGCAAUAUUUGACGAGACACUGCAUCGCUGUAUAGACAGUUAUCUACGGUUUGCUCCACGAUCAUACAAUAUACUAGCUGAUUUCCCAGACAAUGCUAGAGAUAGACAUAAUCAAGUUCAUAGACUUGUCUUCAUGACAUGCGUCCGUAUGUCGACAUAUAAAGAAUCCAAGGAAUGUUAUAUUACCCCAAGUGUAUUUGGUGAGAUUCUUUAUGAGAAUUUUAUAUUUGACAUUCCAAAGCUGUUAGACAUAUGUGUACUAUAUGGACAGGGUAAUGGCCCUUUGUUGACCAAAAUGAUUGAAAACAUCUUUACCAAGCAGCCAAAAUACAACGAGGAUCUGGAGCAAACCAUUGGUACACUAUCACAGGUAUUUGACAGUGUCAUGGGUAAAUGUGGAAUCAGGUUUGACAGUGGCUCCCACUCUCCACAGAAGCUUAGUGACCAUAGCAACAUGAAACAGCCAUUGGUUACUAUGAGUGUGACAGAGUAUACAGACAUUGUGUUGUAUCUGUCAGAUAUUGGAAUGACCUUGACCUCAUUUUUAGAAGUUUAUCCAUCAGCUUGCCAAGCGUUUCAUGAUAGUGAUUUUCUAGUGAGGUUACCAUCAUUUUAUGAAGCUGUUAUACCAGAAGCUUUGUCAGCUUUGAAACUGAGAGACAUUGAGACAAAAGAAAAGCUUUUACUGAAGCAGUAUUUAAUCCAGGCCAAGAAAUGCCUUUUGACUGUUUUCCAAACUAUAAUGGCCCAGUGCUGUAUACAACCUAUAUUAGAGAAAAGGGAACCAGUUAUAGACUUUGUAGAUGAUUAUCUCCAUAUUGUAUCAUCUGUAUUAGCAGAACGAAGAUUUUUGGCAGAUUAUGAGAGUUUACACAGUUUCCAAGGUGACAUUGAGAUUUUGUCACAGGCAGCAUGUGGAAUUGAUGAGACACGCCUUCAGUAUAUACAAGAUGCUGUUAAUAGUGCAUUCUCUACAUAUGGAAAGAGAAAGUCCCCAAAAGGUGCAAUGAAAAGAGGUGGGAGAAGAAGUCCUGAUGGGUCGUCUGGUGAAAUGGUUGGAGCUGUAGGUGGAGGAAACACAUCACCUGUGCAGCAGAUGGCUACAAGUGUGCCGGCAGAUGUAUACCAAGUAGAAGAUUCUGAUAUUGUAGGAGCAUGUGCCCCACAAGUGACAGGUGUGGAGCUGGACUCAAUGGUGUCCUCUGUGAAAGAUUUAUUACCAGACCUUGGUGAGGGAUUCAUUGAGGUAUGUUUAGAAGAGCUGAAUUAUGACAUAGAGAGAGUUAUAAAUGCUGUAUUAGAGGAUAGACUGCCGCAAUCACUCCAGGAGGUUGAUAGACAAAUACCAAGAAAGCAACGUGCAGUUACCCCACCCAGUUUGUUACAUGAAAGGAAGAAUAUUUAUGACUUUGAUGAGUUUGAUGUUUUCCACAGAGAUGAUAUAGACAAACAGAAAAUACGUAAAGGCAAACUAGACAAAACAGAAAAUGUCAGUAUAGGUGACCAAGCUGAAUUAAAGGAUAUAAAGUCUGCUAUAAGUAAAGACUAUGGUGUGAUACACGAGGUCGUGAUAGACGACGGAACGGUGACGUAUACACGUGACAUGUACGAUGACGAGUAUGAUGACACGUACGAUGUGAAUAACGUAGGGGCAGAUGAUGCUGACUCUGCUGAUGAACUUACAACUGUCAGACCAUUUACAACACCUCGGAUACUUGGAGGUCAAACACGGACAGACAGACAUAAUUAUUCAGAAUCUGAGGUAUACAAUAAGGCCUUACAUCCAAAUACUAGUAGUUAUAAUAACUUACAAUGGUUAUAUGAAUCUGAUGAAGAUGCAAAUGCUUGCAAAAACGUGACAAUUUUGUUUGAAGAUCCUGCAGUGCUUAGACAAAGGGCUGAAGAAAGGGCAAGAUACAAAGCUGGGAGGGCAAAACCCAGUCAGGCUCCAAAGACUCAUGAUGUCAAAGGUGGACCUAAAGGUCAAGGUCAAAGCUCAGAGGUGUUGCGUAAUAGAAAAUGGAAAACUCAGCAUAAAGGUGACUUUAAAAGAGCUGCAGCUGAUAGAAAAAGAAAAGUUUAAUUUCUGUAUAAUUUACAUAUCACACCUUACUAUGAAGAAAGACAGCAGUGAAAUAUAACUCUUGACCAACUUGUGCCAGAUUUAACCUACUUUGAAUUUUUGGAACAGUCAAUUUAAAGUUUAGGGGAUUUCAAUAUCAAAGUACAGAAAUAAGUUACCAACAGUGUAGAGCCUGUGCAGAUUGCAUGUAAGUUCAUGCUGGCCUGGCUUUAUACUGAGGUCACAAUCUAAUUACUUCAAGCAGAUUAAUGAAUAAUCUUUCAUCUGUAUAAAUGAAUGGAUAAUGACCAUAAUAAAGAAUUCAGGCUCCUAGUCAUAAAUACAGCAGUAAGCAGUAGAAUGACAGCGCAUUUAAUCCUUAACUUUCCAUCUUUGAAUCUAUUAAAAUGUAGUUCAACUUUACUGUGUUAAUGUUCUCUCCAAAAUCAGUCUUCUAACUAUUUAUAUAAAUGUUCUGUUAAAGUUAAAGCAUUAUAUUUUAAGAUUAUUAUUUUAUCUACACGUGUUACUAAAGAUAACCUAAUCAUUGGCUUGUUGCUAUUUAAUGUUGUAUGGUAUCAUAAAAUUAAAAAGUUGAAAAUA